AUGAUAACGCACUACAUGCUCGAAAAUUCUCGUGCCAUUCGUGUCGAAUGGGCGCUUCGAGAACUGGGGUUGGAACAUGAGACCAAGUGAGUUGAGUGUGCCGAGGAGCCGUAGUUACGGGUUCGAUGCUUGACUCGUUCGAGCGGACUCGAGCGGGUCGGGCGGUGGUUCGUAGGGUGUUUUGCUCGCUGAUGUUGGGUUACUUGAGUGGGUAGAUGCUAUAAAAGGGUCAAUGGGAAGAAAGCUGUAAGUGAACACCACACUAACUACUAAUAAGCUUGCCAAGUGACAGGGCGAGCUCUCAAAUGGACUCGGAGGCCAGCACCGGUCGGAUGUGGGGUUCUUUCAAGUUCGAGCGAACCCCGCUCAUCUUCAUCGGUCUCGCACAUGAACUCAUUCUUUGGGAAGUUGUAUAUGAAUAGCCCCCAGAGAUGAAAGAAGAAUCCGGUACGACGGUGGGAAAGUCCCCGGCUUUGAGGGAUGGUGAUCUUUUGAUCGUCGAGUCGUCGGCGAUUUUAACGUACGUCACUUGCGGUGCCGAUGGAUCGGAAGCCGGUUUGGGCCGGUCCAACCAUAAAGCGCAAAAGAUCAGGAUGGAGCGAUUGAUAUUGAAUUGAAGGUUGUGUGUGCAUUUAUGCAGGUACCUCGCGGAAAAAUACGACGAGAGUGGUCGACUUUUACCUGGCUUGAACAGGGAGCAGGAUCGAGUCGAUACUUUCGCUUGGGUCGGGUUUGCCGAAGGCGCUCUGAGUAAGUCUUCUUUUCGCCUACUCGGGGAUUGAUCCUUCCUACGUAGUACGUGACUGAUGGUUCAGUGUCGGUUCAUGGGAUGCAGUGGUCCAUGCUCUGCCGAUCACUUACGCGGCGUGGUUCAUCCCCGACGAGUAUGAGAAGGCCUGUCAAGGUUUUCAUGAAAGCCUUAGUCAGUUUCCCAAUUCGCGUCGGCGGAAGUAGCGGAAACCUCGAUUGAGUAAGACCAGUAUGACUUCUUCCCUUCAGAACCCAACAUCAUCAACGACCUCGACUACCUCGAAGCUGAACUCAAGAGGAACGUCGAGCGCUUCGGGAAGAAGAAUGGCCAAGGUGCGUUCUUGGUCGGACAAGAUUUGACGAUCGCGGAUAUUCAGGUCGCUUUCCCCAUCGAGUGAGUCGAGGGAAAGCGUUUGCCAGGAUUAAGCUGAGCUGAGCUUGGUGAUCACACUUCUUAGGUACAUCUUUACGCACCCGACCAUCUCCAAGGGAUUGAAAGACGAGAUCCGAGGUUACACGCAGAUCAAGGCUUGGUUGAGAUGCUUGGAAGCGAGGUCCGCUUACAAGGAGGCGACCAAGGUGGCGGAGUAUGUCUUUGUUUUGCCUGAUGAUGUGUAG